AUGUCCUCUGACGACCCUGAUACUGCCUUUCGAUCACAACUCCUCGUGGCCGAAGCAGAAAUUCGCAAAAUCAGUCGUCACAUCACUCAACUUGACGACUCUCACGCUGCUUGGAUCUCUGCUAUUCAACAACUUCGACCUGCUGAACGAACGGUCGAAACUGACAACAACCGAAACGCAACCAUAACCUCGGAUAACUUCUUAUUCAUUUUGGAACGUGCCCGCAACGCUCUCGAUGACCUGCAAACCGCAAAAGUCAAUCUCGAACUCAGAAUCGGACGUUCAACCUCGCCUGCUGGCAUCGUUUCAUCCGGCAGUGUACCAGUGAAUACAAACGACCAAUCCGGCAGUGUACCAGUGAACACAAACAACCAUUCCAGAUGUGUACCAGUGAAUACGAGCAAUCGCAUUCCGAUGCAGCCGAACAACCACCUUAUCAAUCUACCGAGGCUACAAAUCGCUAAAUUCGACGGUGACUACCGUGGAUGGCCACAAUUCUGGGCGACAUUCGAGCAUGCCAUCGACAUACAACCAAUCACCGACGUUGAAAAGGUAGAAGGAAGAGCCCUUGAGGCAGUUGCGGGCUACACGGUAGCCCCGAGCAUUACGAGUCAAUCAAGCAAACAUUACGGGAAAAGUUUGGUCGGNAUCCAACGAAAAACGCACCGACGAAGCGCAGCAGAGCAAUCACUACCCAACAAGAACAAUGAAUACGAAUUCAUCCAGCGUACCUCGGCAUUACCAGCCACGACGAAGUCGCAACCAACACCAAGGAGCAAAAACAAGGAGAUACCAUAA